UGCAGGACAUCUGACCCACCACCACGACACGACCGGUUUCUCUCUCCUCUUCCCUUUCUCUCUCUCUACACUUGAGGAUAAAAAACUGACAAUAUUUUUUUGCCAGUAUAACACACCAUCCAAUUACAAUCUCUUCUCUUCUGGGCUGUCUUUCUUUUCUUUCUAUUUUGUUCUCUGAAGAACAAAACAUCAAAAAAAAUAAAAAAUAAAAAAAAUUCUCUUCUUGGAUCUGCAGAGAUUCCCCUACACCCUACAGUUAUUCAGAGAAGGUAUGGUUGUUGCUGCUGUUUAUUAACUGUUGGCAUUUGUUGCAGAUUGCAAAUGGGUAUUGGGUUCUCUCCCCAAAAUUCUUUUGGUUCUUGCUGUUACAGAAAAGGCAUUGUCUUGUUUCUUCUGUGAAAACCAAUAAAUUUGCUUCCAAAUACUGAUAUAGGUUGAUUUGUUUUCUGGGUUUCUUCUAUUCUUGUUUGCUUUGAUUGUUGAAGUGCUUUUUUUUAGGCAAGUUUGUGGGAAAACCCUGAGAAAUAAUCUAUAAUAGCUGGGAAAUUGUGGGUUUUGGAAGAGAAUUGUUGUUUGUGGGAAAUAUGAAAUAAAUUGAUUUGUUAAAUUAUGGUUUUAGGGAAGGCUUUGAAUGGAAUUUCAUGAUCAUGGGUAGUGAUUAUGUGUUGUAAAUAUUUAGAGUUGAGCAAAAAAAAAAAAAAAAAAGGCUUUGUUUGUGCUUUUUUUUUUGCAAAAAGUUUGAGGGAAAACAAGAAAGAAGAGAACUAGGAUUUGGUUCCUGACUUGCCAACCUUCGGAUUGAGAUCUGGGUACAGAUAAGGUUUGUUUGGUCUCCUCCAAAACCAUAGAUUCUCAAUUGGUUGACCAAACAAUCAUCCUAUUUUCUUCAUGGAGUGUGAAUUGGAAAACAUGUUUUGGAAUUGUUGAAGAACCCUAAAUCACAUUUUAUGGGGAUUAAGUUUGAAGUUCAAUGGGUUGGAGGAAGGAUGAUUGAGAUCUAGGAAGUAAGAAUAGUAUCAAUUGUGUAUUUGAAGAGAGGAGGGAAAAAAUGGCUGCAAAACUUUUACAUUCAUUGACUGAUGACGACCCAGAUUUGCAAAAGCAAAUUGGAUGCAUGACCGGGAUUUUCCAAAUCUUCGAUCGUCAACAAAUCCUGACCGGUAGGCGUAUCAGCCGCCACAGCCCUAAGAGGCUCCCUUCUGGUAGUUCCCACUACAAUAGUGGCACUUUUGAAACAGAGUUGAAUAACAUAUACCAUCGGCCAACUGCAAAGGAACGGAAUUCAACAAAAAAUGUGAAUGAGAAACAAAGAGUUUCCAUGGAAUCAUCCCGGCCCUCCUUCUCAUCUUCUUCUUGUUCAUCAUCCUUCUCUUCUCUUGACUGUAACAGAACAGCUCAACCAGAACCCUUGUCCUUUGAUCGAAUGAUUUUUCCCCAAACUCCAUCAAGGGACCCUACAAUGAGCCAAUCAAGCGCCUCUCCACAGUUUGGGCGUCAAUCCCUUGAUCUUCGUGAUGUAGUCAAGGACUCCAUGUACCGAGAAGCUUGGGGACUAUCAGUUAACACUGCAAACAAAGAUGAACCGGAAGAUUAUGCGGUGAAAAACAAAGAUUCUCCAAGGCCUCCACAGCUCUCCAAAUCUGUUGAUGGAUCUUCCAGUUUGGGCAUCAAUGGGAAGCAAAAUUUGCCUGCUAAUCUCAGGGAGUCUCUUAGAGUUCUUGCGAAACUCCGAGAAGCACCUUGGUAUUUUAAUGAACCCGGAGAACAUUCAAGAUCAUCAUGUGAAUCAAAAGACGGGUCUAUGUUUUCAGUUCUGAAGGAUGCUCCUCGGUUUUCUUAUGAUGGGAGGGAACUAAACCGUUUAUCCUUUGAAUCUUGGGAGACCUUGAAAUCGACUCCGAAGCUUAAAGAGCUUCCAAGACUUUCACUGGACAGUAGAGAUGGUUCCAUUCGGAGUUUCAAUUCUGAUUCAAAAUCAAACUUGAAUCAGACACGACCUCCCAGUGUUGUAGCAAAGCUGAUGGGCUUGGAAACACUGCCGGAUGAUUCCUUGGCUAGUGACAGUCAGAUAGGGUCGAUCAAAACUUUCCCAGUUAAGGAUUGUGAUCCCUGGUCAAGGUCAUCAAAAUCAAUUGAUCCAUGCCGAUCAAUUCGAAUAUCGAAUUCUUCAAGGAACUCGUGGAAGGAACCAGCUUCGCCACGUUGGAAAAAUACUGAAUCAGUCAUGAAAGCCAUUUCAAGUUCAAGAUUUCCAAUUGAACCAGCACCGUGGAAGCAGCUAGAUGGGAACCGGUGUUCUCAGAAGCCAGCUCUGAGGCAUCUAAAAUGUCCAUCUAGGGCAACUAACUCCUUCCCUUCUGUUUAUAGCGAGAUUGAGAAAAGGUUGAAGGACCUUGAAUUCACUCAAUCGGGAAAGGAUCUCAGAGCUCUUAAACAGAUAUUGGAAGCAAUGCAGGCAAAAGGGUUCUUAGAGACCAGAAGAGAAGAACAAUAUUCUAAUUUAGCGACUCAAAAAGACUAUGAGCCAAGACAUACAAGUUCACAUCUGAGUGCUAGAUUGGUAAACCAGCAAAAGCCACAUAGUGAUCGUGUUAAUAGAUCCACAAGUAAGGGAGACAAUUCUUUGAGGACGUUUGAAUCCCCAAUUGUGAUCAUGAAACCGGCGAAACUUUUUGAAAAUUCUGGUGUUCCUGCUUCUUCAGUAAUUCCGAAGGAUCGCUUAUCAGGUCUCCCUAAACUCAGGAGCGGUGCGUGUGCAGAUAGCAGAAAAAGUUCAGUUAACUUUCAAACAUCUGAAGAACAGAUUCCAAAAACCAGCUUCAGAGAGAGUGCAGUUGGUUCCACAGAUAAAAAGAAAGCCAGCAACGUAACUGUAAAAUCCACACAAACUUCAACACGGUCUCAACAGUUGCCCAGAGAGAACAACAUAAGCUCAGUCAAGAGCUCAGGAUCUGUGAGCCCGAGAUUGCAACAGAAAAAGCUUGAGUUGGAGAGGCGAUCUCGCCCGCCCACCCCUCCUGAUUCCAGCAAGUCAAGAAGGCAACCCAACAAGCAACAGCCAGAGUCAAGUUCCCCAGGUGGGAAACGUAGACCAAAAUCUGCAAACUUGCAGCAAAUCGACGACCAAUCCAGUGAGAUGAGCAGCGAAACAAGGAAUUCGGGUUACCGGGAAGACGAUAUUUCUAUGCGAUCAAAUGGAAACAUUGUCUCGGACUCAGGGAUAGACACAGAAGUCACCGGUUUGGAACGCUGUGCUGAGACCAAUGGCAGCCAGAGUCCAUCCAUGAAGGCUGCUAAGUACUCAGUUUCUAGCAUAGUGCGAAAGAAAUUAGCUGCAAGGUUGAAUGAAGAUGGAGUGUUGCUGGAAUUUGGGUCAGUUGCCCCUGAGCAUCCUAGUCCGGUCUCCGUUCUUGAUGACACAAUGUAUAGGGAUGAUGCUGUGUCUCCUGUGAAACAGAUGCCAGAUGUCCUCAAAGAUGAUGGAACUACGAAUUCUAAUGACAAUUCCAAUAGAGUACAACUUGACUCAGCAGAUAAUCUCACAUCUAACAGCAUGGCUUCUGGCCUUAAGUCAGAGAUUAAUCGCAAGAAAUUAGAGAACAUUGAGCACUUGGUGCAGAAGCUUAGACUACUGAACUCAAGCCAUGAUGAAACCCACACGGAUUACAUUGCAUCUCUCUGUGAGAACACAAACCCUGACCACAGAUACAUAUCUGAGAUAUUGUUAGCUUCAGGUCUCCUCCUCCGGGACCUCAACUCAAGCACGACAACCUUUCAGCUCCACCCAUCUGGCCACCCAAUCAACCCCGAGUUAUUCUUGGUUUUGGAACAAACCAAAGCAAGCACUAGACAAAAAGAAGAAUCUAACAUUGAAAAUGUUGUUCUUAUGAAGAAUGACAAGGAAAAGUUUCACCGGAAGCUCAUAUUCGACGCUGUUAAUGAGAUCCUCGUGGGAAAGUUGGCUUCGAUGGGGUUUUUUCCUGAGCCAUGGUUGAGGCCUGAGAAACUGGCAAGAAAAUCUGUGAGUGCACAAAAGCUUUUGAGAGAAUUGUGUUCGGAUAUAGAACGGCUUCAAGUGAAGAAAUCAUCAGAUUGUGGGUUAGAGGGUGAGGAUGAUAGUUUAAAAAGCAUCUUGUUUGGGGAUGUGAUGAAUAAACGGGCAGAGAGUUGGACAGAUUUUCGUGCUGAGAUUUCUGGAAUGGCGUUGGAUGUUGAGCGACUCAUCUUUAAAGAUUUAGUUGGUGAGAUUGUGCGCAGCGAGGUGACAACAGGUACAAGAACCAAGCCGGGUAGGCGUUGCAGGAAGCUUUUUGCAUAGCCUAGUUCGCUGUAUUCUCAUUUCAUUUCACUUUUCUGUCGACUUUUCGUUUUCGUUGUUUAUAUAUAUAUAUAUAUAUUAAUUUUGUGGAUAAGAACUUGCCUGGCUGGAUGGUAAAGAAAAACCCUUUCUCUUGAAUGUUUUACAAAGUACAUAUUUUCACAUAGAAUCCAUUAAAGUGACCCCUUUUCCCUCUAGAUUUUAUGAUGCUUGUUUCAAACUUUGUAUAGAGAUGUUCUUUGGGUUUGUAACUUUGUAUUGUUACUUGGUAAUUGAAAUUUUAAAAAUUGACUUGUUUCUUC